ACCUCUCGACCCCAUCUUUGUUGUAGAUUUCUCUUGCUUUAGUUUCCUUUCUCAGCCCCGCUGUGAACGUUCUCGGGACCUGAUCGACUUUGCCGGCUGGCACCAGCAGGUGGCGCCCGAACAGGGACUCGGGAAUCGGAGCGCGACGAUGGCCGCUGCCCGCCAAGAUUGAGUUGGAAAAGCCAUUAAGCAAGAACGAGGAUCCCGAGGUUUCAGGUCUUCAGACGCUUAUUGGAUUCAGGCCAUUGAUAAGCAGCGCCCUGAACUUCUACUGUAUAUUCAAGAAAAGCCCUUUAAAGGAUAUGCUGAUCAUGACAAUGGUUGGAGCCUAUACAUUCCUGGAGUAACGAAAGAAUCUGGAAUUCCUCAACGUCGUAAUGGAACUGGUCCUUUAGAUAUCCCUUUCUGCGACUUUGGAACAAGGGGAAGAGUCACUGCUGCACCAUGGAAACUGUGUCGAGAUGGAACUGCUACGGUUUAUAACAUAUUUGGGACAAAUGAGUCAUUGUGGGACUGGUCUCCAGACUCGGCCCAAAACCCUGGAGCUCAGGACAAUAGGAACUUUGCAUCCCGUAUUUGGAACUUGGGUGGCUCUAAAGUGUUCCAAACAGAAAUCUGGAAAUUAGCUGCUGCCCUUGGAUGUGAGGGUUCCUACCUUCAGGUGGGAUCGAAAGUGAGACACGGUUAUUUAUGGAAUCUCACCAUGAGGUACCCUCUUGCAUGUGUGCCUCACCCUUAUGCUUUACUAGUAGGAUCUGUAAACAUACAACCUGGGUUACGAAAUUAUGAUGUAACUUGUAACAAUUGUACCUUGAUUAACUGCAUUAGGGGAAUUACUAAUCAAACUAGGGUUCUAGUCUUAAGACAGCCUGCUUUUGUUAUGGUUCCUGUAAAGAUUAAUGGGUCUUGGUAUGAUGAAAGAGGACUUGAACUUUGGAGAAAAGUAGAGGCUGCUUUAAUGCGUUAUCAUAGGGGAAUAGGGUUAAUAAUUCUGGGAUUUGUAGCUUUGGUAACCCUUAUUGCUUCCUCGAUUACUGCAGCCCUGACCCUGGUACAAUCAGUGCAAACUGCAACUUUUGUUAAUAAUCUGGCACAAAAUGUAUCCAUUACCCUGGGGACUCAAGAAAAUAUUGACAAAAAGCUAGAGGAUCGAUUAAAUGCCCUUUAUGAUGAUGUAAAAGUUUUAGGUGAAGAGAUUCAAAGUAUAAAGUUGAGAUUACGGGUACAAUGUCAUGCAGAUUUUCGAUGGAUCUGUGUUACCCCCCAAAAAUAUAAUGGUAGUAUAACUGCUUGGGAUAAUGUGAAAGCUCAUUUAGAAGGUAUUUGGCAUAAUGAAAAUAUUUCCUUAGAUCUGCUGCAUCUACAUCAGGAAAUAAUGAACAUUGAAAAUGCACCUAGACCUGAUUUGGAUGUUGCAAAAAGAGCUGAGUCUUUUGUUAAAGAACUUUUUCGACAUGUACCUACUGUCAAUAGUAUUUGGUACUUGGGAGUGGCCAUAGGAGGACUAUUCUUAAUAAUUUUAACUGUUUUAUUUCUUGCACCUUGUUUAAUUAAAAAACUGAUUGAUGAUCUAUGGAUGAUAAAGGCUUCCAUCUAUGGAAAUGGUCUGUGGUUAAAGGAACAUAAGCGUGUGCCUAUAUAAAAAGAAAGGGGGAGAUGCGGGGAGCUGCCCGUGAAAACGGGGUCCUUUGUCCGAAGCACACAGCUCUGGGAGCUGCCUCAGUCCUUGAGGGUUUGCUUGCAAACAUAGCUCUCUG